AUGGCUAUAAGUGAUUUAAUUUCCAACACAAACUUCACUUCUUUCAUUGCUUCAGGAAAUUAUCAAUUGAGAAAGGAUCUAUCACUUCAAAGAGGAAGCAUUUUUAGUGUUCAUCAUGGUGGCCAGAUUGCAAAGAACCUCUUUGCAAGAAAAAUAAGCCAUAUUGAACAAAGAGAAGUAUAUGGACUAGGAGUAAGAAAGCUUAGUAAGGUAAAUAGAGCCUGUGUUCAUUACAGGUCAGAGGAGUAUGACAUUGAUGAAACAAAGGUGGUUCCUGUGGUAUCUGAUGAAGGAACAGGCGAGGCACUGGUUUCUCCUUGGUGGCGGCGGCUUCCUAAGCGCUGGCUUAUCGUAUUGCUGUGCUUUACUGCAUUUCUUCUAUGCAACAUGGACCGUGUAAAUAUGAGCAUAGCGAUACUUCCAAUGUCACAAGAGUUUAACUGGAACAGUACAACAGUUGGCUUAAUUCAGUCGUCUUUUUUCUGGGGCUAUUUACUCACUCAGAUUCUUGGUGGCAUAUGGGCAGACAAACUUGGUGGGAAGGUAGUGCUAGGUUUCGGAGUUGUUUGGUGGUCAAUGGCAACAGUUUUAACACCUAUUGCCGCAAGACUUGGACUCCCUUAUUUGCUUAUUAUGCGCGCCUUUAUGGGAAUUGGCGAGGGUGUGGCGAUGCCUGCCAUGAAUAAUAUAUUGUCGAAGUGGAUUCCAGUUUCAGAAAGAAGUAGAUCACUUUCACUAGUAUACAGCGGCAUGUACCUUGGUUCUGUGGUAGGCUUGGCAUUCUCACCUUUUCUGAUCCAAAACCUUGGGUGGCCAUCGGUGUUUUACUCGUUUGGAUCCCUCGGAAGUAUUUGGUUUGCUUUUUGGUUGCAAAAAGCAUAUAGCUCACCGAAGGAUGACCCGGAUCUCGGGGCGGAGGAAAAAAGGCUCAUACUAGAAGGCGGUGUAUCAAAAGCGCCGGUUUCAGAUAUUCCUUGGAAAUUAAUUCUAUCAAAAGCGCCAGUUUGGGCUCUUAUAAUCUCGCAUUUCUGUCACAAUUGGGGGACAUUUAUUCUAUUAACAUGGAUGCCUACUUACUACAAUCAGGUUUUGAAGUUCAACCUUACAGAAUCUGGGCUCUUAUGCGUUCUUCCGUGGCUAACAAUGGCUGUUUUUGCAAAUAUCGGAGGUUGGAUAGCUGACACAUUAGUUAGCAAAGGCGUUUCCAUAACAGCUGUUCGAAAAAUCAUGCAAUCGAUCGGGUUUUUGGGUCCCGCCUUUUUUCUGACACAACUAAGUCAUGUCAAAACACCUGCCAUGGCAGUAUUAUGCAUGGCAUGCAGCCAGGGAUCUGAUGCAUUUUCACAAUCUGGUCUUUAUUCUAAUCACCAAGACAUUGGACCGCGAUAUGCCGGCGUAUUGCUGGGACUAUCGAACACUGCAGGAGUUCUUGCUGGUGUCUUUGGCACAGCUGCAACUGGAUAUAUACUCCAAAGAGGUUCUUGGAAUGAUGUGUUUAAGGUUUCUGUUGCAUUGUACAUAAUAGGCACAUUAGUAUGGAAUAUCUUUUCAACUGGGGAGAAGAUUCUUGACUAA